AUGUCGACUCGCCGUCCACUCGCCAACGUGCCGAAUGCUACGAACUCCCCUCACCGAAUGGGCCUCGUGCCUGCCAAACGUUCUCGCCCGGGAAAUGGUCCUGUGGAAAUCCCUUACGGCCAGCCACCACCCAAGAAGCAGGUAGUCGAUGGUCCCGAGGUGGACGGCCGCUCACCGACCCGGACCAGGUCCUCCGCCUACCAGAAUAACGAUUCCAAGCAAUUGUUCACGCGCCGAACAAACAAUACUCAGCCAAGUGCGUUCGAGAGGAAGCUGGUCGCCGCUCGGGAUAAGGAUAGACAACCUCAGAAUCGGGCGUCGAGACAUGAGAAACCGUCCGCGGAGACCAUCGAUACUAUUCGGCAGUGGCAGAGACAUUAUCGCAAGGCCUUCCCGCAAUUCGUCUUUUACUUUGACAGCAUCCCAGAAGAUCUUCGUAGUAAAUGCUCGAGACAGGUCAAUGCAUUGGGUGCUCGCGAAGAGAAAUUCUUCUCACGUCUAGUGACUCACGUCGUUACCUCCCGCCCCAUCCCCCCCGAACAUGAAGGCCCAAGCCCGGCAGAAUUGGCAAGAUUGGCGGAUCAGGCAGAAUCGGUGGAUCAGGUAGCUGCAGAUGGUUCUUUGCAGACGGUCAACCCCUCCUUGCUCGAGAAAAAUGCCGACCCGCACCUACAUAUGUCAAUGAAGAAUGACGCUCGACGGGAACCGACCAAUAUGGAUGUUUUGUACCGGGCUCGCCAAAUGGGAAUGAAGAUAUGGGCUAUCGAGAAACUGCAGCGGAUGAUCGCUACUAUCAACGACGGUGAACUUGGCGGCCACAGCGGCCAUUCAACCCGCAAUGCCAAUGCCGGUGGCCAUGCUAAAGCCAGGGGCGACGCGGACCUGUCCCAGGUCCUGCAAAACGAACUCAUGAGUGGCUCUUCGGAUCGCAAUCCUCUGUCGGUCCUGAAAGACCUGGUCAUGUUCAAAGGUCCGUUCAUUUAUAUCCAUGACAUGGAUGAAAAGACCAGACCUGUCAUGGUCCGUGAAUACCCCAAGGUGGCAAGGCGACAGGAUGGUAUUUGGCCACAAUUUCGGAGUGCACCAUUGGGAAAAUGCCCGUUUGUGGAAGAGGCCCCCACGAAGAAGGAAACUGAACGACAACGGGCGCGCCAGAAGGAAAGGGAAAAGAAGGCAUUUUCUAAGCCUGCACCCAUCGCAGCGACUCAUGACACCAAGCCCAAGGCACCCGAGGACACUGCUGGGAAGGUAGAGAAUCCUGAGGCUGACCGAGAGACCAGCCCCAGAGAUGAACCUGAAGGUGCUGUCUCUCAGCCAAAGCAACCUGAGAUGCAAGAAAUGCAACCAACGAGGCCGUUGUCGCCAAAGAAGAGCUCAGAAAGUUUCAUUCCUCCUCCCCAGCUAAACCGGAAUGGUCCCUUCUACCUUGGUCGGGAGCCUGCUGCAUCGGGCGUGCAGCCCUCAAAUAUCACGUCUGCUAUCCGAUCCCAGAUGGUAUCCUCGACUGCCGCUGCGCCCGGUGCGAAGGCUGGUGUGAGCAAAGAGGUCCACGAGCUGAAGAGAAAGGUUCUCGAGAAGAGCAACGGGGGAUUUUCCGCCGGUACGGGACUGUCUCACCAUCCCGUGGACCCUUCAACAGCGAUGAAAGCGGCAAGGAAUCAGGCCAGCCGGCAAGGCAAGCCGAAUCCGCCAGAAAAACUUGGACAUGUCAUUGAAGAGGAGACUACGCAGUCGGAAGGCAAUGGUGCCACCAAGCACCGGCCAAGCCUUCGAAGAAGUAGCAGCCAAAAGAAAAAGGACAGGCGGAGGGAUCCUAAGCCAGGAUACUGUGAGAACUGCCGGGACAAGUUCGAUGACUUUGAUGAGCAUGUGUUGACCAGAAAACACCGCAAAUUCGCAUUGAACACGUCUAACUGGGCGGAGCUUGACUCACUCCUCUUCCAGCUCCAGCGACCAUUAAAGGAAGAAUACGAUUAUGUUUAG